AUGGAUGGAUCAACAAAAGAAUCUUCUAAACGAAAUAUUAGUCGUGUAAAUCCAACUGAUGAAAAUUAUGAAAGUGUUAUAUUCGUUUGGUUUAAUCCUCAAGAUCAAUCAAAUGUGAAUAUAGUUGGACCACUUCGUGCUAUUAAUCAUAAUGUACAAACAUUUAAUGAAUCUUCAUCUUGCUUUGAAAUGAUAAGAUCUUCAAAUGAGAAAAUCUUUUUUAUAUCAUCAAUAAAUAAUAUUCAAUUAAUUUCUACUGUUCAUGAUUUUCCUGCUGUUGAAGCCAUUUUUAUUCUUGAUCCCAAUGAAGAUAUGGUGAGAGGAGAUUUUCCGAAAUUAUUUGGUGUAUUUCCUCAACAAGAAGAAUUACUUC